CGGAAGCGGAUAACGCGGAAGUAAUAUUCGGAUUUAUUUGUUGCCGCACGCAUUUGCACUUUGAGCGUUUCUUAUUUAUUUCGUUUUUUUCUUUUACCGGAUAGUCCAGACAGAGCAGCGUGUGUUUCAGGCAUGUGGCCCAGCGGAGAAACGGUGUUCGGGGCCGCGCAGACGCCGCUGCUGUGGCUCGGCGCCGUGACCGCGGCCUGGCUGUCCGCGUGCACCGUGUACCGGCUGCUGGCCGGGAUCCGGGUGUGGGUGCUGGGCAACGGACGGCUCGUGUCACCCGCGGAGCUGGGGAAAUGGGCAGUUGUGACCGGAGCCACGGACGGGAUCGGGAAAGCUUACGCGGAGGAGCUCGCCCGCCGAGGCUUCGCCAUCGUGCUGAUCAGCCGCUCCCAGGAGAAGCUGGACGACGUCUCCAAGGCCAUCUCCAGCAAAUGCGGCGUGGAGACCAAAACGAUCGCGGCGGACUUCAGCGCCGUGGACAUCUACAACAAGAUCGGAGACGGGCUGCUGGGGCUGGAGGUCGGAGUUCUGGUGAACAACGUUGGCGUGUCGUAUUCGUACCCCGAGUUCUUCCUCGACGUCCCCAACCUCGACACGUUCAUCGACGCCAUGGUCAACAUCAACGUGACGUCGGUGUGCCAGAUGACGCGUCUCGUUUUACCUCGAAUGGUGGAACGGAAGAAGGGCGCCAUCCUCAACAUCUCCUCCGCCAGCGGGAUGUACCCCGUCCCCCUGCUCACCGUCUACUCCGCCUCCAAGGCGUUUGUGGACUUCUUCUCCCGAGGACUGCACGCCGAGUACAAGAGCAAAGGCGUCAUCGUGCAGAGCGUUCUUCCGUUUUUCGUCGCCACCAAACUGAGUAAAAUCCGCCGCGCCACGCUGGACAAGCCGAGCCCGGAGCGCUACGUGUCGGCCGAGCUGAACACCGUGGGCCUGCAGAGCCAGACCAACGGAUACCUGCCCCACGCCGUCAUGGGCUGGGUGACCACGGCGCUGCUACCCGCCGGCGUCCUCAACAGCCACGUGAUGGGGGUGUGCCUGUCCCAGCGCGCUCGCUACCUUAAGAAGCAGAAGCAGGGUUAGACGGAGCCGCGCGGGGGGGGGGGGGGGGGGGUGUUGACGACUCCCCCGACUCGCCGCCAAUGUGGGACCACGGAGGAGUAACUGUGACAGUUUCAGGGCAACGCCUCGCUCCCCCCCCCCCCCCCCCCUGCGGCGCGAUGCCGCAUCGUGUGAACGAGAAAAAAACUAAAAACUGCGGGCGAUAAAGCGCUCCGUCGCUGAGCGGAGCGCGGAAACACCCAAAAUAAAUACAAAGAGUCCCCAAAGCAUCCAUCAGGCAGCGAAACGGGAAUAAUGGGAAAUUAAGCUGCGUGCGUGUGUGUGUGUGCGUGUGUGUGUGGAGUACUUAAUGUUUCAUUAAGAUUUAAAAAGACUUUUUUCUUUUCUUCUCAAAUAUUGUACGCUUGUUCUCAUAAAGUUCGUUGAAGCUUUUUCGUUGUGUGUUUAAUUUAACCAAAACUUAAUUUCAUGCGUGUGGCGGCUUGUAGGCGCCGGCAGGCGGAGAGACUUGAGUUUCAUCAAGUUUAAAAAGUUGACCCUCUUUACUAAACUGUUAAAAACUGACUGUGUGUGUGUGUGUGUGUGUCCCCGCUACCCGAACACCAGGAAAACGCUGAAUUGCAUUUUGUUGUCAAUAAACAUUCUGAUGACGUCGUC